CGUCGCGGCCGGAGUGGGUUUAGGGAGAGGGCAGGGAUUAGAGACAAGAGGAGGGGACAGCCUCGCCAGUAGGCGUUCGCCAGGGGCACCCCUCCCGGCAGAAGGCCCCUGCGCGCCGACUGCCGCCGCCACCUUCCCCGCCCGUCGCCCCUGGCAACAGGCGAAGCUGCCGCGGCGGCAGCGGGGCCUGGCGCAAACGCCGGGUCCAGGGUCCAAGGCUCAGGCAGCGCUUUGCCGGGCUGCAGUGCCUGAGGCUAUCCUGUAUUCUGGCGCCAUGGCCGCUGAGGUGGUGGUUGUGGGAUCCUGUAUGACCGACCUGGUCAGCUUUACCACACGGUUGCCGAGAGCUGGAGAAACUAUCCUUGGACAUAAGUUUUUCACAGGUUUUGGCGGGAAAGGAGCCAACCAGUGUGUCCAGUCUGCACGACUCGGGGCCCAAACCUCGCUCAUCUGCAAGGUUGGAAAGGAUUCCUUUGGCAAUGAUUAUGUUGAAAAUUUGAAGAGAAAUGGUAUUUCUACAGCAUUUGUAGGUCAGACUACAGAUGCUGCUACUGGAACUGCUUCAAUAAUUGUCAACAGUGAAGGACAGAAUGUUAUUGUAAUAGUACCAGGAGCCAACCUGCUUUUAAAUUUUGAAGACCUGAAGAGGGCUUCUGAUGUCAUCUCUAAGGCCAGAGUGGUUGUUUGCCAGCUAGAAAUAAGCCCUGCUGUUUCUCUUGAAGCUCUGAAAAUGGCACGUGCCAGUGGAGUAAAGACUUUAUUUAAUCCAGCUCCAGCCCUUGCUGACCUAGAUCCACAAUUUUAUACUCAUUCUGAUAUCUUCUGCUGCAAUGAAACUGAGGCAGAAAUUUUAACGGGCAUCCCAGUUGGCAACCUUGAAGACGCUGAAAAGGUGGGACGCGUGCUGUUAGAAAGAGGGUGUAAGCUCGUAAUUGUUACUCUUGGAGCAGAAGGCUGCAUGAUGAUAUCAGUAGAAGAACCCAUUCCAAAGCACGUUCCUGCUGGGAAGGUCAGGGCUGUGGACACUACGGGAGCUGGAGACAGUUUUGUGGGAGCACUGGCCUUCUACCUGGCUUACUAUCCCCAGUUACCCAUGGAGGAAAUGAUCAGGAAAUCCAACUGUGUCGCAUCAGUGAGCGUCCAGGCAUCGGGGACACAAUCUUCAUAUCCUUACAGGAAGGACUUGCCUCGGGACCUUUUCUAAUUGACAUUGUCUAGCUUAGUGUACUGAUUUUAUCUUUUCCCAGACAGCAUUAUUCUCCUGACUGCACUGAGAUUCUCCUCUGCUAACUGGAAAGACCAGGGAAGUCUCUGCUUCUUACUUGAGGAAUCCUGUCAGUUCCUGUUCUACAACAGUGAGAUAAGGUGGGGGUGGAGGGUCUUAUGAACACAGCACAGCAGGUCUCUCUGGUCCCAGACACAACCACUGGGCUUGUGGCCAUCCCACACAAUGUGCUAUACUGAACUACACAAAAUUUACAGCAAAAUGUCUGGAGGGUACAGGGCUCCUGGCGGUAAUUUUUACCAGAACUUCUGAUGUGUGAUGCCAGCAUGCGAAGCAGAAUGUCAGCUUUGAAACCGCAACUGCAGUCCCCAGCUGCAGACACCACGGCCAGCAUUUGGCUGCUAACAAAGCACAGAACAUCAAGCCCUGGCCCAUCUCUUCCCACAGGCCCGAGAUGCACGCUGCAGCACUGCACUCUGUGGCUCUGCCAGGCUGUGGAACAUGCCUCAAACUGAAA